GUUCUUCUUCUUCAUUGUUUCCUUUCCGCGAACAACGAAACAGUGGGCUUCAAAUGGAGCGAAAAUGGUCAAAUUUACGCAAAAACGCAUCUUUCGUUAAAAAUAGCUACGGCGUUUUGUGUUUGUUUAUUUAGUUUCGUGCACGUUUUUGCCACUUAUUUUGAUGCUAAUCAAUAUAAAAUAUAGUCCCAAACGCUUUCCACGUACCAUACCGAUCCGUUUUGCACGUUUCCUUCUAUUUUCAUUCAUUUUAACGAACCGAUGCGUUUUCAAAACAGCGGAAAAAAAAACGAUUGGACCUCGCGCAACUUGCGUGCACCGUGGCGCCACCGGCGGAGAAUGCAGCAACUAGCAAUUCUUUUCAGAUCGGCGGCGCAGAGUUCGUCGUUUGUCGAUGCCGGAGUGAAAAUCGAAUCGUUUUAGUGCUACGCAACGAACGUAAGUGUCGCAAACCAGUGCCAAGCGAUGGUCAACAGCGUCGAAAUAGGGAAUCCACUGUUCGCGAUGGAACCGUAUGUGUGAACCUAAAGCAGCAUAAUUUAUUCACGACCUAAGCAGAGUUUUGCGAUCGAGAAUCGAGAAGUUUUUUUUUUCAAUAACGUGUGUCCCAGACCCUGACCCAGUGAAGAGAGAAUCUCGAUUGAUUUGGGAAAUGAAACGAAACUAUCAUUGUGAGUGCUAAUCGCUAAAGGCUCUGCCAAACGAAUCAGAACGCGGGAAAGAGAACACAACAUCAAUCGCGCAGUUAAGAAACGUUGCCAUCCCGUGCAAUUUGAAUGAUCAGCGUGUGUGAAUAUCGCAGCAAUACAAAGCGGAGUGUAAUAGUGGUAGUGUAAAAACCAGGAGCCAGGUGCGAAAACCCUUUCCUCCAACCAAUCAUGUCACAUGGAGGAGCAACACGCUACUCGCAGUACGCUUCGAACGGGGCAGGACCUCAGCAGUCGAACGGAACCGGCAGCGGGAAAGCGUCCUCCAACAACGCGGCGCAACAGCAGCAGCAGCAGCAGCCCCAAGUGCCGUCGCUUCCAUUCAUGCGCCCUCCGAUGCUGGUGACGUCGUCCGGUGCCUCAAUGCUGCCGCCACCCCCGUGCCCUCAAACGCCACCGACCGGUGGUGGUUCCGGCGGCGGCGGCGGUGGUGGUGGUUUGCCCAAGUAUCCCGGCUCACCGAACGGUAGCCUUUCCGGGUCGGAUACGGACGUUUCGACCUCGAACGAGAACCUGUCGCGGGAGGAACGGUACGUGCUCAGCCAUGCGCGUGUGGAACCGCAGGGUGAGGAGAAUCUGCAGGGAAAUGUGACACCGGUGAAUGAGAUCCAAGGACGAUUCAUUGGCGAUAAGUUUUCCUCCAACACUUCCUCGGAUUCGACACGGUACGCCACACCGACCGGGGGCAGCAGCAGCCGAAGCAUGUCCGAAACGCGCGGCGGUGGUGGCGGAAUGUACGCGAACAUCGGUUCCGCCCCGGACGGUCCCUCGAACCGCAGCUCGAUGGCGGGCUCGAACCGCAACUCGCUCAAGGAGCCAAACUCCAACCGCUCCUCGAUGGAUGUGUCCCAGUCGUCGUACAACACGCUGAUCAUCCACGACGACAUCUACAGCUCAGUCGCAUCGUCCGGGCGGGAGUAUGCGGGCAGUCCGCCGCCGUACAUGAAGAAGGAGCGGCCCCGCUCGUACGGUGAGGCCGCCCCGGCCGCUCCGCCCAUGCAGGACAUUUCGGAAAUCAACGAAGAGUACAUCAACAAGAGCCACGUGCUGAAGCAUCUGGCGAAGGAGGUGAAGCUGUCGCGGGCAACGACCGCCCGCAACAGCCGGCAGCAGUCGAGCAGCGGUGGAUCGGCCGUGUCGAACGGUGGUGGGAGCGACGUUGGCGAGCAGAAAAUGUCGUCCCACGGGACGGGGGGCAGCAAGGCAGCACGGCGGGGCAGCGAAGCGGCCACCGGCGGAGGGAGCGGAAACAGUGCGGCGAAGCUGAAAAGCAAAAGCCAACCCGACCUGACCCGCAUGUACGACAUCGAUCCGGAGGAGGUGGAAGCGCUGGUCAAGGAGAAUCAGGUGCUGAAGCAGCAGCUGAAUAAUUGCUAUCUGAAGGUUGCCAAAAGUCAAAAGUUGGAACAGGAAAUAGCAAACAUCUACCGAGUGCACGAGGAGCUGGUGCAGUCGUGCGAUCGGCGAGAGCGUUUGGAGCGAGCGGCCCGCACACGGCUGCAGCAGGACUGCCGCCGACUGCAGGAGCUGAAUCGAGCGUUCCGGGACCAGGUGGAGGUGUACCAGAGCCAGCUGCACGCGUCGUCCGAUCAUCAGCUCGGCCGAACGCAGCAGGACGUGCUUAUCUCACAGCUAGUGAAUCAAAACAAAUCGCUAAUCGAUGCCAAUCGACGGCAGUGCAUCGAGCUGCAGGCCCAGAACGCGACGCUGGAAGAGCAGCGUAUCCACAUUAACGUGCUCGAUACCGCCCUGAAGCGUCUCGAGGAGGAGUGCCGACAGAAGCAGGUGUAUGUGGAGCGCUGUGCGCAACUGCAGCACGCACUACAAUCGCUGCAGAAUGCGAGCGAACGACGCGAACAAGCCGAACGGAAGCUGCGCAUCGACUACGAUAACGAUAUGGCGAACCGGAGCGGCAGCAGCACCAACAGCGAAACGGACAACCUCAAGUGGCAGCUGCGCGAGAAGGAUGCGCAAAUACUACGGUUGGAAGCAGAAUGUGCCCAGCUGGAGCAGCGCAAUUUGGAAGAAUCGAACGUGCGCAACGUGGCCAAGCUGGCGAUGGAGCGCAACUCGCAGGAAACGGAGCGCAUUCUGGCCGAGGCGAAGCAGGAAAAGAUACGCUACCUCGACGAGGCACACGCGGCCAACCGGAAGGUCACGGAACUGCAGACCCGGCUGAAGCUGGUCGAGAACCGGCUCGCUGAAAAGGACGCAAUGAUUCGUGCGUACCAGGGACAGAAAAUUUACGGCGGCUCGACAAACUCCUACGGAUCGUACAACCUAUCGUCGGAUAGCUUCGCACUGAAUCCACUGGGAGCGUACAACUCGCAGGCGUCGUACGUGGACGUGUCGAGCGGCGCAUACGAUGUGGCGACCGGGGCCGGCGCCUCCCUGCUCGACCCAUCGUCCGUCGUCGUGGGGCCGUACGGUCCGGCGGCGACGGCGGCCGUCGUGUCCAGCUACGCGUCCACCUACGGCCCGACCACCGUCAGCAAUGCUUCCUCCUUCGCCCAGAGCUCCCUCAAUCUGCCCACCGGGGCCGGUGUGGGCGGCGGGAGCGGGGCAGGAGGCGGACCGGGCGGUCCGGUCGGUGCGUACUCGUCCCCGGGCAGCAGCAGCACCACCUCGAACUACAGCAGCACGGCCAACUUCGGCGCCGGCAGCGAGCACACGAUCUACGACAGCAAAAGCUACGACGCGCAGCGCAAAUCGAUCGACGAUCAACUGAAGCAGCUCGACGAGCAGCUGCUCAGCAAGCGAGGACUCUGCUGCUUCCCCAGCCUAACGACCAAGAAACCGAUCCAAUCGCUGCUCGCCGACGAAGUGUCCGUACUGUCGACGAACAACAGUGAAACGUUUCUACAGAAUUUGGCCCACAUUGGAUCGGACCGGCGAUCGGAACAACCGCCCGAUCGCGAUCAGCUGAGCAACGGUGGCGCCGGCGGCCAGAAGGCAGACGAUAUGGUGCUGCUAGAGAAGCAGGGUCGUUGCUCGCAGAAGCUCCGGGGUGGCAGCAGCUCGUCCAGCGGCACACUGGGCAACUUGGCGCACGUGUCCCAAACGGUGGGACAAAACAUGACCGACAUCAGCAACAUUGGCGGGACGGGCGGUAACGGUGACGCAUCGAGCGGUGGUUCGGGAGUGUCUAGCACUGGCAAUAAGGUUUCGAAGAUGUUGUCCGGCGUUUCACAGCAGCGCGGUUCCUCUCUCCCGCCGAGCGCCCUGCCCAGGCCACCGAGGAGCUUGAAACCGCCGCGCAAAAUCGAGUACGGUCGGCUAAGCGACGGCGGUAGCGAUAGUGGGAAGAAAACGCGUGCCGCAACACCGCCCUCACCAGCGUCCUCGUCGGGGGCUAGCCAGAGCGGCGGUAGCUUGAAACGCUCGGGGCGGGAAUUUUCACCCGCCAAGGGUGGCGGCUACGUGGAGAUGAAGGACACGCUGCAGCUCACCAAGGACUAUCAGGGUGGCACGCUGAAGCACAAAACGUACGGCUCGAUGACGACGGUCGGUGGCGGAGGGAUGCAGGCGGGUGGAGUGGCCCCAUCCAAGUUUGGCUUCGGUUCGUCCAAAUCGGGCACGGGGACGUCCGGCCCGGCGGGUAGUGAUUAUCCUUCCACGAAAAACUACCAACGGCUGGAGGACCCAUCGGCCGGUACGUCCGUUGGCCAUCAUCACAACAACAGCUCGUCCCAGUCGUCGUCCCAGUCGCGGAAAAGCUCCGGCGACAGCUCGGGCACACUGAAGCGCUCCCUGUUGCCCAACACCGGCCGUAAGCCGAACGUCGGUGGCAGUCAUGGCAUGCCCAAAGGUGGUGGCUCGCGAGAUUCGCUGAAUUCCGCCUCGUCCGGGUCGAACCACUCGAACUUGGGCCAAACGCGGUCCAGCCCGCAACCUCAGCCACAUCCCGCCGGUUCGGGAUACAAUCAGCAGUCGCAUCAGAUGACUUCCCGCACGCCACCACGCUUUCUACAGCAGCAGCAGCAGCAGCAGCAACACCACCACCAUCAACCAUCGACCUCGGUCGAGUCGAACAAAUCGAGCUACCACAGCAUACCGGCCCAAAGCAGUGCUCAACACUUUCACCAAGGGUUCUUCGCCAAGUUCCCUGGGUCGGUUCACGCCGGCUCGCCGGUAAGAACGCUGCAACAGCAUCCCAAAACGUCGUCCUCACUACCCAGCUCCAGUAUUCUGCAUGCGGCCGCCAACUCGUCGGCAACGUCCGCGAUCGGCCAGUCGUCGACGGCUUCCCUGCCGCCGAAACCAUCCAUGCUGGACAAGAUGGUGGCCGCAGGGUCGUCCGCCGGUAGCCAGCAGCAGCAGCAGCAGCGACGGGGCAGCAGUUUGGCCCGAACAGAGAACAAGUAUCGUAUUCAGUUUUGAGCCUGUUGCUGGAGUUGCUGGAGUUGAUGUGCAAACGAAGGAUGAGUCACAGACGUAACACAUCACACGUGCCAAUACUAGUUUGUAAGUAGUCUAGCGAAGGAAGUGGGAUGCCUUAGUGCGCUGCGAGUGUUUGAUUCCCUGCCCUCCCUGCCCUCCAUCCCUGGUGAACCUUUCAGUGUAUUAAACUCCCCAUUUGUGGCUCCAAAUUUUGGUAUUUUUUUAUAGCAUACGAAGCAAGGAAAGAGUGAACUUAUAGAAACGUACAGUAAAUAAAAGGGUUUCCAAGAUUCUCCGUCCUAAA